AUGGAUGAUGAUGCAGAAACUUACAAGCUGUGGCGAAUUCGCAAAACAGUAAUGCAACUUUGUCAUGAUCGCGGUUAUUUAGUAACACAAGAUGAAUUGGAUCAGACGUUAGACCAGUUUAAAGAACAGUUCGGAGAUAAACCUAGUGAGAAAAGGCCGGCAAGAAGUGACUUAAUUGUCCUUGUUGCUCACAAUGAUGACCCAACAGACCAGAUGUUUGUAUUUUUCCCAGAUGAACCUAAAAUAGGCAUUAAAACAAUUAAAACAUACUGUACUAGGAUGCAAGAAGAAAAUAUUCAUAGAGCUAUUGUUGUGGUACAAGCAGGUAUGACACCAUCUGCAAAACAAUCACUUGUGGACAUGGCUCCUAAGUAUAUUCUAGAACAAUUCUUGGAAUCCGAAUUACUAAUCAACAUAACAGAACAUGAAUUGGUGCCAGAGCACAUUGUGCUGACCCCAGAUGAAAAAUCCGAACUCUUGACGAGAUAUAAAUUGAAGGAGAACAUGUUGAUGAGGAUACAAGCUGGUGAUCCAGUAGCAAGAUAUUUUGGCCUGAAGAGAGGACAGGUGGUGAAAAUUAUUCGAUCAUCAGAAACUGCCGGACGAUACAUUUCCUAUAGAUUAGUAUGUUAA